AUAUUUGCUGGAUCAUCGGUAUUUUUUUCUUUUUUUGUCUGUAAAUCUCUGUUCAUUCUUAGGAUUAUAAUGUCAUUAUCUCUAACCAUAAGAUAAAGAUCAUGAAAUUCAAGAAUUCCGAAGAAGAUCAUAAUCGUUUUGCAUCUCCAUCUGAUUUCCAGCUUAUGGAAUUGGAACAAAUCCACAUUUCAAAACCCAACGACGAUGAAGAAAUCGAGUCACCAUCAAAAACAGAGGAAACUAUUCCUCUGUCUUGCGCGUUUACGAGGCAAGAACAUUGCGUUUCGGAGUCAAGAGAACGAGAAGAAUCAAUUAGAAGACUAAGCAACCUCAUAUUUCUUUACCUGAUCGUCAUGUCCGUACAGAUCGUUGGAGGCUUUAAGGCCAAUAGCCUCGCGGUGAUGACAGACGCAGCGCAUUUGCUAUCCGACGUGGCGGGUCUCUGUGUCUCUCUGUUAGCUAUCAAGGUCUCGAGCUGGGAAGCGAAUCAAAGAAACUCUUUUGGGUUUAAACGUCUCGAAGUUUUAGCAGCUUUCUUGUCUGUUCAGCUCAUAUGGCUUGUCUCUGGAGUUAUAAUCUAUGAAGCCAUUCAAAGACUUCUUAGCAGAAGCAGAGAGGUUAACGGUGAGAUCAUGUUUGGUAUUUCGGCUUUCGGUUUUUUCAUGAACUUGGUUAUGGUCGUUUGGUUAGGACAUAACCAUAACCAUCACCACCACCAUCAUCAUCAUCAUCAUGUUCACAAGGAAGAGGAAGAGAAAGAAGAAGAGAUGGAUCCUUUAAAAGGUGGCUUUGAGGAGAAACCAUCGUCAUCAUCAAAGGAGAUGAACAUUAACAUACAAGGAGCUUAUCUACACGCCAUGGCUGAUAUGAUUCAGUCACUUGGUGUUAUGAUCGGUGGAGGAAUCAUUUGGGUGAAGCCGAAAUGGGUUUUGGUUGAUUUGAUGUGCACUCUUGUUUUCUCUGCUUUUGCUCUUGCUGCUACUCUACCAAUGCUCAAGAACAUAUUUGGGAUUUUGAUGGAGCGUGCGCCGCGUGAUAUGGACAUAGAGAAGCUCGAGAGAGGGCUUAGGCGUAUCAAUGGUGUUAAGGUUGUUCAUGAUCUUCAUGUAUGGGAGAUAACAGUUGGGAGAAUUGUGUUGUCGUGCCAUGUUUUGGCCGAGACUGGGGCUAGCUCUAAAGAGAUUGUUUCUAAUGUUAGAAAUUUCUGUAGGAAAACUUGUGGGAUAUAUCAUGUAACAGUGCAGGUUGAAUCAGAGUAGUAAGAAAAAGAACAAAGAAAGAAAAUUUAUGUUUGAAUAGAGAAAAACAUGAAGUC